CGCUGCAGAAGCACACAGCCACAAAUCUCUCUUUGAUGGACAAACGAGUCAAAGUCUGAUCGUUGGACGCAGGACAAACUUCGAGAGGACAGACGAUGAUGAUCAAGCGCUAUGCGAGACAAGGAGACGGCGAGGAGGACGUUAGCCCCGCGCAAUGGAUGGAGGGUGACGUGAGCUCGCCCGACGGCGACGGCCCUUUGACCUCAAACCGCUGCAGAGCACGCGGCCUCAACCAUCAGGCCAAGGAGGAGGGCAGCGAGGAGGUCGAGGAAGACGAGGAGGAAGACGCGGCAGGGCAGGACGAUGAGAACGAAUCCAAGCAGUGCGGCCCCAAGAGGAAGCGGCUGACCAAGGGCAGGCAGGAGCGCUUCCGCGCCCGCCGCGUCAAGGCCAACGCCAGGGAGCGCUCGCGCAUGCACGGCCUGAACGACGCACUGGAGAACCUGCGCAGCAUCAUGCCCUGUCACUCCAACACCCAAAAACUGUCCAAAAUCGAGACCCUGCGUCUGGCCCGUAACUACAUCUGCGCUCUCGCCGCUGCCCUGGAGAGGGGUCUUUCGUUGGAGAGCAGAGCUUUCAUGGAGACCCUCUGCAAGGGCCUCUCGCAGCCCACCACCAACCUGGUCGCCGGGUGUAUCCAGCUGGGCCCGGCGCCGGGCGUGGCCGGAAGGCCCGACGACAGAGUCCGCCCUCCCCCCGUGCCUCUGGGCGGCAUGGCGAGCUACGCCUCCCCGGGCCUGCCGAGUCCGCCCUACGGCAGCUUUGACUCCGCCCACCUGCUCCAGCUGAGGGCCGUGAAAGGAGGGGCGUACGAGAGUCACUCGCCAAAUGAAUAUAACACCGGCGGGGUGGGGACGCCCCCCUACGAGGGGCCCCCCACUCCGCCCCUCAGCAUCAGCAGCAACCUGGUCAGCAAACAAGAGCCGUCGCCUCACUACUUAGCCCCGCCCCACUACUCCCCGUCGCCCGUGGACCAGGGCCUGUACCCGCCUCAGACCGCCUAUGGCGUGCAGACGUCAUAUGACUCCUACCAUGCACCUCACAUGACCCCCCGACAGAUAACCUCCGUCUACAGAGACUAG